UUUGCCCGGACAACGGAUGCCAUGGCGCUGAGGGGAGCCUGGACUCAAGGCCGAGGGCUGCUGCUGCGGCUUCAGGCUCGGGGCUGCCAGCGCGGGCAGUGGACCCGGGCUUUGGCCACCUCGGCAGGGGCUCGGGGACGGUGCGAAGCCCUGGUGUACCGCAAGCAUGGCGAACCGCUCGACGUUAUCCACCUUGAGAAUGUCAAACUCUCACAGCUUGGUGACUUUGAUAUCCGAAUCCAAAUGUUAGCAGCACCUAUUAAUCCAUCAGACAUUAACAUGAUGCAAGGUACCUAUCCUAUUCUUCCCGAUCUCCCAGCCAUUGGAGGCAAUGAGGGUGUAGGACGGAUUCUGGAGGUUGGCAGUAAGGUGACUAAUAUGAAGCCCGGAGACUGGGUGAUACCAUCAGAUACAGGGCUGGGAACAUGGAGGAUAGAAGCAGUCGGCAAUAUGAAUACUUUUAUUAAGGUUCCAAAAGUCAUCCCUCUCCUAUGUGCAGCCACUUUGAGUGUCAACCCAUGUACCGCAUAUAGAAUGUUGUACGACUUUGAAUCUUUGAAGCCUGGUGAUUCUGUCAUACAGAAUGCUGCCAACAGUGGAGUGGGCCAAGCUACAAUUCAGAUAGCCAAAGCUAUGAGUUUAAAGACCAUUAAUGUUAUUAGAGACAGACCAGACAUACAGGAGUUGUCAGACAGACUGAAGGCAAUGGGAGCUGACUAUGUGAUCACAGAGGAAACACUCAAAAAACCAGAAAUGAAAGACUUAUUUAAGGUCGUUCCAAGACCUCGCCUAGCUCUAAAUGGUGUAGGAGGCAAAAGUGCCACGGAGAUGCUGCGGCAUUUAGAGAAAGGAGGGACUAUCGUGACAUAUGGUGGAAUGGCAAAAAAACCUGUUACAGUUCCAGUGAGCACACUUAUCUUCAAAGAUGUUAAAAUCCGUGGGUUCUGGGUGACCCAGUGGAAGCGAGAACAUGGGCAAGAUUUGCUGCAGGAAAUGAUUUCCCAGUUGUGUGGCUUCAUUCAAGAGGGGAAACUGGAGGCACCAAUUUGCACUGAGGUUCAAUUCCAGGACUAUCAAACUGCCCUCAAAGCUGCUACCACACCAUAUACAUCCAGCAAGCAGAUUCUAAUCAUGUGAUGCAGGUCUUUUCAGUCUGUAAAUAAUCCAUGUCAAAAUUCAAAGCCUGAAAGAACAGUCGGAAAUAUAAAGACUUUCUACUGUAACUUGAGGUUUCAUGAAUAUUCAUCGAUUGAAGCGGUAAAUUAACUGGAUCAAUGCAAUGAUAACACCACUUUGUAUCAUAUAAAUUGUCAUUUUUUCUUUCGCUCCAUCUGUUUUAUCUCGACUGUAGCCCUGUAAUCAUGUUGAUUCUGACAGAUACAAUCUCAAGUUCUGAAUUAAUUUUGAGUUUAUUGUGAACAUGAGAAAAAUAAAUAUGAGUAACCCAUUUGACUUUUUGUGCCUGCUCUGUGAUUCAGUAAUAGAUGAUCCCUUAUCUCCAUGCCACAUUUUUGCACAAUUCUGUUAUCUCUUGAUUCCUUUCAGAUUAUCUUUCUUUUCAUGACUGAGCCUCCGCAGGUUUCUUCUAGGUAGAGAUGUAA